GAUAAGUUAUCCAUCAUGGCUUAAUUUAGUUGAGUCAAGGUUUAUGCAAUGCAUAUACAUUGUUCUCUGGAGUUUGAAGUUGAGGCCCUUAAUAAUGCAUAUCUUUCUUGGUGAAUAGGUCUUAGGAGCUAAAAACUGCGUUUUGUUAGAUGAACUUUCCCUGCAUUUCUUAAACAUCAAUGAAGCAUACUGAGUGGAUAGAGGAAUCUCCAUGCUGGACAAUGGAGGGAGUGAAAUUAAUGCAAUUGAGUAAAGGAUGGCAGGAUCUCUAUUGCUACAAUGGCGAACACAUGUUUCAGGAUGGUAACAGAUAAACUACUUUUUGGAGGAGAGUUUCAGCAUGCUGAUGAUGCUGUUAAGAAGAAACCAACUUGGACAUCGUGCUGUUGAUGCUGGCUGAAGCUGAGAUAAUGGCUUGAGUAAGGAAGAGAUAUGAUUUGAUUUGUGGGAAUUGGGACUUGAGAGGCAGGGAGGGACCAGAAACUGAAUGAAUAGAGGUAAAGUUUAGUUAACAUGAUUUGAUCAAGGAUUGGAUUCAAAAUGCCUCUAGGAUUUUGAAAAAGAUGAAUACUUUUAAUGUGUUCUCUGAUCUCUGCUAGCACCACACUUUUCUGCAUUUGGAAAAUAUGAAUGCUAUGUAUGUCUUUGAUUCAUGAAAAAUAAAACUUAUCCCUAACC